CAUGUCAUUGUUGUUUUGGCAAAUUUAAAACUUCAAAAUUUUAAUAUCAUGGCCUGAAAUUGUAAAUAUAUUGGUAAAAUUAAAUGCAGAAAAAAAUUUAAAACUAAAAAUCCGCAAGAGAUGCCAGGCCACGUAUUUUACUUGUUACAGACAAAAACAAAGUCAAGCUGGUGUACAAAUUGCCAGUGCUUGUUGGGAACUGUACUGUCUCGAGCACGGUAUUCAACCAAACGGACAACUUUAUGAUUAUCGCAAUGUUUCACCUGAUAGCUUUAAUGCAUUUUUUGGUAUGUCGGCAGCAGGAAAAUGUGUUCCAAGAAUCCUUAUGAUAGACCUUGAACCUUCAGUUAUAGACGAAAUUCGUACGGGUCAUUACCGAUAUCUGUUCCAUCCAGAAUGCCUUAUAACUGGCAAAGAAGACGCCGCAAAUAAUUUCGCGAGGGGAAUGUACUCGAUCGGUAGGGAAAUGAUUGAGCUUGCUUUGGAUAGAAUACGAAAAGUGGCAGAUGAUUGCAAUAGUUUACAAGGUUUCAUUCUGUAUCGAGCAUUUGGUGGAGGGACAGGAUCUGGAUUUAGCACUUUACUUUUAGAGAGAUUAUGUCGCGAUUACGGUCGCAAAGUGAAACUGGAGUUUGCAGUGUAUCCCGCACCACACAUAUCUCCCAUUAUCGUAGAACCCUAUAACACUCUGUUAACAACACAUGGCACGUUAGACUACGAAGAUGUCGCCUUCGUUCUGGAUAAUGAGGCAGUUUAUAACAUUUUAGCAAGAAGUUUAGAUGUUCCUCGACCUACUUACACUAACUUAAAUAGACUUCUUGCCCAAGUAGUGUCGACGAUAACAUCGUCCUUGCGAUUUGAGGGCGCUCUAAACAUCGAUUUAAAUGAAUUUCAAACAAAUUUAGUUCCAUAUCCCAGAAUACAUUUUCCACUGAUUACUUAUGCACCGAUGUUACCAUGCACUAAAGCAUACCAUGAGCAGCUGUCAGUGGCGCAAUUAACCAACUCAUGUUUCGAACCAGCAAAUCAAAUGAUUAACUGUGAUCCACGAACUGGAAAAUAUAUAUGCUGCUGCUUACUAUAUCGUGGAGAUGUAACGCCUACUGAUGUAAACAGUGCUAUCGUUAAUAUUAAGUCCAAAAGAUCAAUUUUAUUUGUAGACUGGUGUCCUACCGGAUUCAAAGUCGGAAUCAAUUAUCAACCACCGACAACUGUACCAGGUGGAGAUUUGGCUGCAGUGCAUCGAGCGGUGACUAUGGUCUCAAACAGCACUGCAAUUAAAGAAAGUUGGAAAGUGAUAACUCACAAAUUCUCGCUUAUGUACAAAAAAAGAGCAUUUGUGCACCACUAUGUUGGAGAAGGAAUGGAAGAAGGCGAGUUUGAGGAAGCUCGUGAAGAUAUUACCGCUUUACAAUUGGACUAUAAAGAAGUAGAAAUCGACAGUGUUUAUUAAAUCAAUUAACCUGCGAGAGGAUUAG